AUGGUUCAAGCCAUUAAAUUGAGUGAAUUAACUAACAGGAAGAGACCUGCCGGUGAUGGUGCUAAUGCUGACUCCGAAUCAGAUAUUGAUAUCAGCAGCACAGAUUCAGAGAAUGAAAAUGAAAAUGAGGAAGCUGGAGAUGAAGAGAUUGUCAAUAUAGAUUUCGACUUCUUUAAUGGCAAUAUCGACGUAGAUUUCCAUGCUAUGAAAAAUCUAAUGCGUCAGUUACUAGGUCCCCAAGAAAGUAACAAGGUCCAAUUGAGCGCAUUGGCUGAUUUGAUUCUAAAUUCUCCAACCACUACAAUCAAAACUGACGGCCCAGAAUCUGAUCCAUACUGUUUCUUAUCAUUUAUCGAUUACAAAGAGAACCGUGAUAGUGAUUGGUCAAAAUAUUUACAAAAUCUUGACAUCAGAUUAAAAACUUUCUUAAAGACCAUCGAUAGUAGCAACAAAAAAUGUGCUUUAGUAGCCAGUGAACGUUUAAUCAACAUGCCCCCUGAGGUUAUCACUCCAUUAUACAGAAUUACCCUCGAAGAUGUGCAAAACAGCCUAGGAGAUGGACAACAUUAUGAUUUUUACGUUAUUCUAAGUAGAAAGUACGAAGUUAAUGUAGAUGCAGAUGAAACUACAAGUGAUAGAAAUAAGAAGAGAGUGAAGUCUGACGAAAUCGAAUAUUACCAUGAGGAAGAUAGAUUCUUUGAAAAAUACAGUCAAAUACAUUUUGACUCAGAAUCUAGAAAAGGUAUAAUCAGCACAUAUAUAGUGAUCAAUCAUGAGAACCUAUUAAAGGCUAUCAAUGAAUUUGAAACAGAAGUUGCAAAAUGGUAA